ACCCUAAUCUCUCUCUCUCAAAUUAUUUGAUGGCCAUGGCGAGCAAUCCGGUGCCUUGGCCUGGGCAUCGAAGCGCUCCUCCGCGCACCAGGAGCGCGCUCGUGUCUCUGGCCAGCUGCGCGGCACUCGUGCUCCAUCCGCCGCCAUCACAAGCGCUUGCAUUCGACUGGCUUGGGGGCCAGCAGCAACAGCAGCAGCAGCAAGAGCAGCGAGUGGAGCGCGAUCCGGUGGAGCCAUUCACAAUCUAUGGAAGCAUCUUCAAGAAGUAUUUUAUCGAGCAGAUUGUGGAGGGGAAGAUUGUCGCUCGGAGAAAGGGCUUCACGGCGUCAGCAUGCAUGAAUGUUUUGGAGGCCAGCUUGGAAAGCCCGGAGCUUCAGGCAGUUCCAGCCGGAUUGAAGGUGACGCUGCUGGGGGAGCCUUGCUGCGGUAAAGGAGAGGGGCAAUCGAGAGAGGAGUCGUGCUCACAGCCUUGUAGCAUGGUUUGCAAAGCUGCUAUCGCUCGACACCUUCGUCAUGUCAACGAAACAACAGGCUACGUUCUAGAUCCGGAUGACACCAAGCGAGUCAUCGGCUCGUGCGUCAACCAGUGCUCGAAAGAAUGUACCAAACCAGGAAAGUCUAUUUCCUUUGUGCUGCCCUUCAGGCCGAGAAAAUGAAAACAUUCUCGUUUAUACAAUUUGGACAGUACAACA